AAGAACUUAACCGGGUGAAAAAGAAACUCCCUUAAUUUUUCCAUCCCUACUUUAAGUCUUUGAAAUAGAAAAAGUCCCACAUUUUAAUAAUGAGUUUCCUUUCAUAUCUUCAUUCCAUUUUCAACAAGAAAAAAACUAGUGAUUUGAAGGAGAAGCUGAAUGAAGCUGCGGCGUUGACGCGGUUUGGAUUGUAAUUUGUACCCAUCAUCAACAACUUCUUUUCUCACUACUUGGUUUCUUAUUGGAACAAUGAACGAGGAAAUUGCUCCAACCAAUAUAGGAAUAAUAGCAAAACCAACAAACUUCACAGCUUCUUCAACCCAGGAGCAACAUGUAACUGUGGCUACCGAGAGUUAUGAGACAACAUGUUGGGGUUGUGGACUGCGUCUUUUGCUUCCAUCUCAUGCACCGGUUUUCAAAUGUGGCUGGUGCGGGGCCAUAACAAAUCAGGGCAAACAGCAAUGUGACAAGCAGGGCCAUAGAUGGAGACUACUGCGGGAUCGAUGCAUUCUUACUAUGGUCUUCGUGUUUAUGCUCUUUCUAAUAUUUGGCGGGGUGUGGGCAAUUUAUCCCGUCGUAUAUUCUUUCAGUCUUUUUGGGAUUUUCCACUCUUUCGUUACAGUGACCUUGGCCGUAGCUACCAUUUCAUCUUUCAGCCUUUCAGCAUUUCGUUGUGCCGGCACACCACCAAACUUAGUGUGGGGAAGCUACCCCACUGUACGAAAUGGUGACCUUGAAAAUUAUACCUUCUGUCAUUACUGCUCAAAACCGAAGUCGCCCAGAACUCAUCACUGUCGCUCGUGUGGAAAAUGUAUACUCGACAUGGAUCACCACUGCCCAUUUAUCGGGAACUGUGUCGGUGCAGCUAAUCACCACAGCUUCAUCGCCUUCCUUAUAUCAGGAUUGUUAAGCACCAUCUAUAUUUCUAUAGUGUCUGCACAUGCCGGCUUGCAUACAUGGCCACCAUUGACAUACUCCAUCGGACGCAUACACGGGACCACUAACGAAAUUCUAGCUUGGAGAAUUAUAAAAGAAACUUUUUUCGCCUUCCUGAGAUCUGUGCUGCUUCUCUCCACCAGAGGGUUUAUUCUGGUUUAUCUAUUUACUGCAAGUAUUUCAAUGAUGUUAGGGUUGAGUGUUCUUCUAUGGCAGCAGCUACGGUUUAUUUACGAGGGGGAAACUUACUUGAGUCACCUAUGUUCGCAAGCGUAUAAUGGUGACGGAAAGAAGGAUUGCCAAAAUCUUGUUAGGUUUUUUGGUUUUCCGUAUUCUGUACAACGCUUUUUGCCCAGGUUCGUUGUUACUCUAAAGAGACACAUAAAGGGAAAUACACAUGAUCUGUGAUCAAAGAGUUUCUUAUCUUUCUUUUCUAUUUCACAAUUUUGUAUCAUAGUAACUUCUUGAGCAUAUUUGAAAGAUAUAUCGUCAUUCAUGUUAGUUAAUUAUUGUAUCAUAGUAA